CAACUCCUCGAACUGGUACUUUCUGUCAAAGCUUGUUUGGUCAUGGCGAGCAGAUUUUUGGCCCUCAUUCUCCUGUUUUGGGGCAGCUUUUCUGCCACAGUGAAUGGAAAAUGCCCUUGUGAAGAUCAGUCUUUAUGUGAACCAAUCGCAAGACCUCCGGGAAAAGAAUUUCUUAUGUUUUCCACUAAACCUAAUGUGUGGAGAAAGUACGACUGGACGAAAGUGACAACGAUCGCUCUGUUCAGACCUUGGGACGACGAACUGAUGUGUGAAGCACACAAAAGGGGUGUUCGAGUUGUCUUGGCUGCCAACUUUCCCACAGAAAAGCUGAGUAGUAAAGAAGUAAGAACCAAAUGGAUACACAACUUGACUCAAGAAGCUCUAGCUCGCCAUGCUGAUGGAGUGAAUAUCGAUAUUGAGUCGCCAAUAGCCAAGAGGUCAAGAGAGGUUACAUUACUGACAAAACUAGUGAACGAAACAGCAACAGCUUUCCGUUCAGCAAUAAAGAAUUCUCAGGUAUACAGUGUAUGAGCCACCAAUAAGUAAAAAAAAACUAUUCAGACAUAAUCAUUUUCAUUUCACUGUAUUCACCUACUUUAGAAGCGUCAUGGACUACAAAACUUGUUAAUUGUAUGUGUGGGGUUGGAGGGAUGUUAAGGAGCUGGUCUGUAAAAAGCCAUGCUGUGCAGUACCGUCAUUCAUUCAGUGCAUGCAUAUACAAGUCAAUUGACUUAAUUAUUAAAUAUCAUAGUUUGAGGAAGUUUUUACUAUUUCAAGAAAACCCAAUCAAAGGUAAAUCUGUGUCAGGCCUUAUCCCAGUUUCUGUAGCAUGUGACAAGCAGGAGAAUUUCUACUCCUCUUUGGAUGGGAUACUGGUCCAUCACAGGGUUACCCCCCAGCAUAACAUUCUGCGGUAUCCAUUUGUUCUCCUGGAUGGAGAGAGGGACAUGAGAGUUAAAUGUCUUGCCCAAGAACACAUCGUAGUAAGCCUGGCCCCUGCUCAAACCCAGACUGUUUGACCCCAGGGUACAGCAUGCUAACUGUCAGUGGUAGAUCUAGGAGAGGGGUCCAGGGGGGCCUGGGAUGCUCCCCCCCCCCCUUAUCUUGGGUAAAAAAAUU